AUAAGAGGAAGAGGAGGUAAGCCAGGCUCUGAUUUGAGAAAAGCGAGACCAAGUGGAAGAUGAAAGCAGAAAGAGGCCUAUCAUUAGCGAGGCUACGGGAGUUCUAACCAGAGUUAAAGGAAACAACAGAAGCCCGGUCCAAUAACCAAAAAAAAACGUUAUAUGCAGACAUAGACACAUAUAUGUGUAUAUCGACUGUCAAUAGGAGGGAAGGGAAGGCCGGAAGGGAAUCGGGAAGAGAGCAGCGAAAAAUUGAGAGCGGCAGUGAGAAAUUUGGGUGAAGAAGGUACGAGGAUGGCGGGUCUGACAUUCAAGCUUCAUCCACUGGUGAUCGUGAACAUAUCGGAUCAUUAUACCAGGGUGAAGUCUCAGAUGAAUUCACCGGCUUUGCUCAGCGGCAACACCGACAGCAAUGGCGGUGAUGCUUCACAGCAAUCCGUGGCUUCCAGAGUGUACGGAUGCGUUAUUGGGAUGCAGAGGGGCCGCACCGUCGAGAUCUUCAACAGCUUCGAGCUUCUGUACGAUCCCUCAACUCACUCACUUGACCGCCCCUUCCUCGAAAAGAAGCAAGAGCUAUAUAAAAAGGUUUUCCCUCACUUCUAUAUACUUGGAUGGUAUUCGACGGGAAGUGAUGCGCAGGAAUCUGAUAUGCAUAUACAUAAAGCUUUGAUGGAUAUUAAUGAAAGUCCUGUUUAUGUCCUCCUCAAUCCGUCAAUCAACCACACUCAGAAGGAUCUCCCUGUUACUAUUUACGAAAGUGAGCUGCAUGUCAUAGAUGGGAUCCCACAGCUUAUUUUUGUUUGUUCAAGCUACACUAUUGAGACAGUGGAAGCUGAAAGGAUUUCAGUUGAUCAUGUUGCACAUCUUAAACCGUCAGAUGGGGGUUCUGCAGCAACUCAAUUGGCUGCCCAUCUAACGGGUAUACAUAGUGCCAUCAAGAUGCUGAAUAGCAGAAUCAGGGUGCUUCAUCAAUAUCUUCUUGCAAUGCAGAAAGGUGAUAUUCCUUGUGAGAAUUCACUCUUAAGACAAGUAUCAAGUCUUUUGAGAAGAUUGCCAGCCAUUGAAUCAGAAAAGUUUCAAGAUGAUUUUUUGAUGGAAUACAAUGAUACUUUAUUGAUUACUUACCUUGCAAUGUUCACCAAUUGCUCAAGUACAAUGAAUGAGCUGGUGGACAAAUUCAACACUGCAUAUGACAGGCAUAGUCGAAGGGGUGGCAGGACCGCUUUUAUCUGAAAACCUGCUGCCUUGCAAGCCUGUUUUUGGGUGCUGUUCUGCUUGCUCUCUUUUUAGCGCAAAAUAGUUCAUAGAAGUUCAUAAAAUUAUGUCUCGAGGAUCUCAAGUAGUUCCAAAAGAAAAAAAGCUGUUUAAUAGAGUGAUGAAUGAUUCGCAGUGCAAUCUGUUGUUUUGAACAUGUACCAUGUUUAGUCUUUUGAGAUUGUCUGUUGCUUUUUUAGUGAAUACCUUUGUUGGGGUUGUAAAGAUGGCUAAUGCUGCUGUAUGAUUCUCAGUUUGCGAGAGAGUGAGUGCUAGGUGUAAAAACGACCUAGUGUUGCUAACCUGCCACUUUCUCCUCUCUAAUUUUAGAUUUUGACA